AGUAUCCCGAGCCCGGACUACUCUGGCUGGAGCUUCACCUAGGUGCCCCCAAUCAUGUGCCAAAACCCCGAAGAAUUCCAUCGUAAACAGGUCCAAGGCGAGCGAAUGCUACGAUUUACUGUACGAGCUGCUACGAGUGCUUGCGUGGCUGUCACCGUUUUUGAUAUCGUCGGCCAUCCUGCUGUUGUCACUGGAGCCUCCAUGGCACCAACAUUGGAAGGAUCAGAUGCGCGGUGGUGGCAUCGAGAUUUAGUAUGGCUGACUCCCUGGGGCAUCCAUAGGCCCAGAGUCGGAGAGGUCAUUACGUUUGUGUCACCACGAGACCCGGAUAAAAUCCACAUCAAGCGAGUGACAGCUGUUGAAGGCGACCUAGUGAGACCGAGACACAGGAAUGAACUUCUGUUGAUACCCAAAGGAUGUUGCUGGAUGGAAAGUGACAAUCCCGUAAAUGCCAACGACAGCAACAUCUAUGGUCCGGUAAGUCGUGGAUUGUUGAAGAGCCGAGCAACUCAUGUGAUAUGGCCUCCAAGCAGAUGGCAAAAAUUAUGAAGAGUGUAGCCACCUCGCAGUGAAGUGUACUAAGGGUACCAAACGACGUUCUCGUAUUCGCCACGAAUCUAGUAUCUUGAAGUCAGACAUAGCAAAAUAUUCUGAAAAUGACAUAACGAGUGACACAGGUGGUUUAAAUUAUUAUCGUUGAUGUAUAUAGUUAUUGCAAUGUCUGUGAUGAUAGAUUUUUUGCAUAGUAGUCCUAUGCAGCUCCAUGACAUGUACAGGGUAAAACAAUACCUGACGGCAGCUACAUUGUACUGUAUGUCACAAGAAUCUGACUAUUCAUUCGUCAACUUUGUUUGUUCUUUUGAAUCACAUUCAAGGUAUCUAAACGUAGAUUGUUGUCAAAGUCACUGUUGAGUACUGCUUCUUGAGCUGUUUCGCUACAGUGUCCUAUCUGAGCUAAUCGACGGAUGCACUUCAUACACUGGGAUCUGAUC